AUGGUCAUGCCCAAGAUGUUCUCUGUCCCAGACACCCCUGCCUACGAUGUUAACCGCAACCAGAAUCACAUCCCUAGAGGCUCCAACCCCGUCGUGGACCUCUCCUUGAACAGCACCCUCACCGACCCGAUCCAGAUCAUCAACAAUAACCUUACCAUCAUGUACAAUGAAAUGAUCGGGGGGGCGGCCUCUGCCAUCGACUUCAUGGGGCAGCCUUACCGAGAAGGGGAUGAGCCCCACGGCUUCUCUAGCGGGGGAUCCUCCGAGAGAGGCUCCCACACCGCUAUCCAUGUGUGGGUUGGAGACCCCAACAAUGAGUACCACGAGGACAUGGGCAACUUCUACUCCUCUGGGAGGGACCCACUCUUCUACUGCCAUCACGCUAAUGUCGACAGGAUGUGGACCAUUUGGAAAGACCUCCCGGCCAGCUACUCCAAGGAAUUCACCGACCCUGAUUUCCUAAACUCCGCCUUCAUGUUCUACGACGAGGAAAAGAACCUGGUCCGCAUCACGGUUGUUGACGCCUUGGACCACAAGAAAAUGGGCUACGAGUACGAACACAGCCAUAUUCCAUGGAUUGACUACAGGCCACAGCAGAAGCUGGUUCCUGCCAACUUCGAGAGUCUCUCUAAAAAGGCGCAGACUGCGAAGAAGCUCUUCCCUCUUAAAGCUCUCAACAACACUGUUAGGGUUAUCGUGCCGAAGCCGGCCAAGGGAAAAGCAGACGAGACGCUCGUGGUGGAGAACAUUGUCACUGACAACACCAAGCUCGUCAAGUUUGAUGGGUUCAUCAACGACGAGGAUGACAAGCCGGAAGAGGUGGACAGGGCCGAGUAUGCCGGGUCAUACACGCAGCUACCGCACAGGGUUAAGGCCAAGCAGAGCACUGGAAACCUCUACUUGAACUUGAAGGAACUCUACGAGAACAUUAAUAUCGCUGAUGAUGAUGAUUCUGUUGUCGUCACCAUUAACGGCGACGCUGUCAACAUUAAUGGUAUUAAGAUCAUCCCUCGCGUUAACUGA